GUCAAACAAUUUGGCGGUUUAUAGAAAGUGGUUGACGAAACAAAGUCUUUAGCUAACAUAGCUGCUGUCAUAAACUGAGUUUUACUUCGCGGAUUCGUUUAAUUAAAGUAUUAACGUCGUUCGGUUGUUUUAUCUCGUUGUUUUCUCGUUGUUUUCUCCUUUUGUCCUUUGUGUCAGUAUGCAGUGUGGGGCGGCGGACCCCGCGGUUAGCUAACUGUGAGUCGAGAGUUCACUCGGCGACCUGACUGCGUUCAGCUCAACUGUGUUCCUCUCCUGUAGCCAGCUGUUUCACUGCCCAGAGGAUUUACGCCUUAAAAAUGAUGUGUAAUGUUCAGGAAGCCGGUGGUAAAUAUUUAUGGUGGUAUCUUCAGUGUCUGGAGUUCCAUCUCGAUGUGGCUGCUAGCACGAAAGGAAAAACAAACCUCAAGCAUCUCAACCUGGGGGUGAACAUGUUUGAUAAACCAAACAAGGAGGCUUCCUACCUCGUCAUCCAUUUCUUGUUUAAGAAGCUGAACCCUUCACGUGUUCAGGAUGCCUUUAGACAUUGCUGGCCAGUUUUGGAUCACAAGGCAGAUACUGAAUUUCGUAAGGUGACCUUUGGAUGGCUCCAGGAAAUAGUGAAUGAGAAAGGGAGCAAUUUUCCUAAGGUGGUUGCGUCACAUUUACACUCCUCUUCUGGACCAAGAUUUGUCAAUCUUAUGCUUCACUUGGCUAAAUAUGUCAUGCUAAAAAUGAUGAAGACUUUUACCACAGAUGGCACCUGGGUUCCAGAGGCUGCAGCUGUUCCUGCGACUUCUCAAGAGUUGGAGAUGAAGCGCUUUCAGAUGGUGAAGAGACGCUUUCAAAGAGUGUCUGUGGAGCAAGACGCUCUCAUUCGGGACUAUCAGAAGAGAGCUAGACAUUUGGAGAAGUCUUUGAAGGACCUUAAGGCAGAAGAUGUCAAAUAUGAUGACUUGUUGAAGAAAUAUGAGAGCGAGACCAACUUGGAAAAAGACCUUCUGGAAAAGAUUCCCAAGGUUCGAAGCUUGUGGGCUGAGAUUGACCAAGCUUUGUCCAGGCUAGAAGGAGAGCAGAGUGUGUUGGCUAGUGUGAUCGAGGGCAAAGUUGAUCAGUAUGUGCUGGAUGGAAAGGACAUUAGUGUGAAGAUUCCUGCAGUUUUGCUGGAGAGAAUGGAGAGGUUAUCACAACAGACUAGUUCUGGCAGUUUGUACGAGGGAGGUGAGCUGGCCAUCCUGCGGUUGCUUGAGCUUCUGAAUGUGGGAUUAAGACUCCUGAGCGAGGAGCGAGCCAAGAUGACCAGUCCAACAUUACAGCUCAGCCACCAACCUCUCCAGGAACAGGCUUUGCUCAUGAAUCGCUCAAAGGAGACUCUGAAAAACAUGAGGCGUAAGUUGAUCAAGGAAGAUCUACCACAGAUUAAAAGUAACAUAAAGAAGCUGGAGUCGGACUGGGAAAAGAAGUGGGCUGAAUGUUUAAGCCAUACUCCCUUAAUCUCCUUCCUCAGUGAUGAUCCUGUUUUGGACUUCCUUUCUCCAAUGCCUCCACUAUCCUUUGAAGCAGCUUCUGAAGUUAGCUUCAAGGCUAGUAUCUUCUCACAGUAUCCAGCUAAACUUCCUGAACUAGGAGAACAGACCCCUAAAGAAGAACCUUGUCUCACUGAGCAGGAAGAUGAAACAGAUGGCGAUUUCUUGAGCUCUCUUCCAGUGGAGGACAAAACGGAAGACCUACUUUUUUCCAGUUGCAUUGCUUCACCAAGACCUGUAACUCCUACCUGUGUUAAGGUGGCAUCAGUUGCUCCUACACCCAGCCCUGUUCAGGCUAGCAAGAGGAGACCCUUGCUUUCACAAGCUAAGACAUCUGCUGCUGUGAAGCCAAAGGCUCAGAUUCUGGAGUUGGAAUAUGAGAAUCUAGCGAGUCAGUUUGCUGAAGCUGUGACUAUGAGCCCAGUAGAUGGGAGGAGCAGCAGCAGCAUGGAGCUAGAGCAGUUGCUCAAUACAAUAGCAGAUCCCUUCACAACAAAGAAGCAGCUCCCUCGCACACCAGAAAGCUUGAUUAUGGACGUCCGAACAUCAUGGAGAAAAGCAGUGGAAGAAGGGAAGGCUGAGAAAAAGCAUGCGAAAUGUAAUGAUGGCCUCUCUUGGGUUAGAACACCACCAGUUUCUGAGGUUAAAGAAAAAAGACCUAGCCCAGAAACGUUUUACUUGGGAGAUUCUGCAAUACUGAACACUGACCAUCUCUCCUGUAGUCCCCUUCCAUCCCAGCAGGGGACCUCUCUGCACUCUCCUGUUGCCUGGGACACCUCCCAGCUGGGGGCUCGAAGCCAAAACUCCAGCAACCUCCUCCACUUCGACAUUGCUCACGAGACCUUUCCAGAUGCAGAGAAUGUUUCUUUCAAUUGCAAUGAUGGCUUGCAGGAACUUCUCCCUCCAGUUAUGUCAUGUUCUCCUGAAGUAGGAACGACAUGGCAAAUGAUUCAAAGGCCUCUGGAGGAGUCCCCUUUUGCAGGGAGGUUCAAGGAGACAAAGUCUGACAUCAUGCCAGCAGCACUAAGGACAAGUCCAGGGUUGAGUAGUUGUAGUGGGGAGAAGGUAUUUUCUCUGGAUUUGGAACAAUUUGAGAGUUUCUCCUCUCCUCUACGAGAGGAGCUCACCCUACCCAAUCUUGUAACGUUCUCACCUAUGGAUGAACUCUAAUCACUGUCUAGCGUCUUAAGCCUUAGUACAGAGUUCAAGGAACAAAUGCGGUUUUUCACCUUUCUGUGUUAUUGUGCCACUAUCAACAGACUGGUUGAGGGGACUCUGGGAAUUAAAAUCUGGAGAAACUCAAACCUUGAAGCUUUUCUCUUUUUAAAGUAGCCCUGUUCAGCAAUAUGUUUAACACUUGGUUUGUCUUAAAGUUCAUCAAAAGUCGUUUAUUUGUACUAAUAUUUGGAAAUGUUCAUUAUGAAUGAAUUCUAAUACACAAAAACAGGUCUGAGAUCAGUCAGCAUGAAUUAGGCUUAAAAAAAAGUAGUAAUAAACAUGAUUUUAAGUAGUUUCUCAAUUGUAAUAAAAUAACAUUGUGCACUUUUUUUCGUCGUCUUAAAUUAUGCUGGUCUGUAAACUUACAUAAACAAGCUCUCAACAGUACACUCUGGGCUGUGUCACUGAAUACAUUUCUGCUGUUUGUGAUUGGGGUGCAGUGGCGACAGGCUCAGCAGGUCAGUCCAGACUUGACUGUCCCCAGCUAUCGAUUCCAGCUCCUCCUGGGUCGUCCCCAGACGUUCCCAAGCCACCUGUGAGAUGUAAUCUCCUCUAGUGUGUCCUGGGUUUGCUCCAGCAUCUCGGCCCACUGACUUGAAUCUGAUCCGGCUGGAGCAGGAGCGGACCAGGAGGCUUCCGUGUAAGGUGUCCAAACAAUCUCUACAGGCUCUAGGGUUGCAAAAUUCCCAGGAAUUUUCAGAGUGGAAGAUGUCAAUGGGAAUUUAUGGGAAUUUUGGGAAUUUUCAAAACCAACUUUACUUAAAAAUUGAUACAAAAAAAACCAAGGUCCUUUUAUUCAGGUUAAGAUAUUUCUCUGGGUCUCUGUUCUGUUCAAAAGAACAUACAAGCAUGCAACUAAUUAAACAACUGAGAAAAUUAAUGACCACCAAAUGUUUUACAAAAACAAUACGAGUUUUCCCUGGUACAUGUAUAAUGAAUUAAACAAUAACCUUAGACUUUGUGAGAGCAACUCUUCAAAAGCAACUUUAACUCUACUUAUGAUUUUGAAGACUGCUUCCUGUACCUUUUGUUUACUAAUUCUACUUCAACAACUUGAAUUCCUUUUUCAUUUUGCAACUGGCUUGUAAACCAUAUCCUGUCAAGUAAUUUGCUUGCAAAUUAUCGGUUUAGAAGUAAUGAUUAGGGUCUACAAUGCUAUUAAAACAAUGCCAUUAAACAGCCUUGCUCCAGAUUCAAAGAAAAAAGUGGCACUAAUAUAUUUUACAAGCAGCAAAACUUAUUUCAA